AUGCCGACAGGUGGAAUGGCUUUGGGAAAGGGAGGUCGUCGAGUGGACCUGAACGAAGAAGACAGUUGCUACAGCUCAUGCUCUGAAGAAUCGCACCCGUCACUUUCUCGAGAAAGUUCCGACACCAUCGGUUCAGACUUCGGCUUUGCACGACUUCAUUUAGAUGACGAUCCUUCAGAAGCCAUCACUCCGAUGUCGGCGCCUCCACAUCUUGUCGAGUUUGCCAGGAAUCUCGGCUACUCUGAGGAUCGUUUGAUUACUGUUCUUAGGAGAGUCGGCUGUGACGCUGGCCAGGACAGGAUAUUGUCAGAGCUGGUUCAGAUGGGACGAGGCAAUAGCGGGAUACAGCCGGAGCCGAUUCCAGCAGCAGCGACGUCGUCAACGCUUCGACCGAUCGUCAUCGACGGAUCGAACAUUGCCAUGACGCAUGGACGAAAGGAAAUGUUCUCCUGUGCGGGAAUUCGUGACUGUGUACGAUUUUUCACGGACCGAGGUCAUGAAGACGUCCUGGUGUUCAUUCCACAAUUCAGGCGAGAAACGGCCCGAGCAGAUUGUCCCAUCACUGAUCAGCACAUUCUGGAUGAGUUGGACGCUGAGCGACGCAUCGUCUGGACGCCUUCACGACGCAUCAAUGGACGUCGAAUCGUCUGCCAUGACGACCUGUAUAUACUGAAAACGGCAGAAGAGAAGGAUGCUGUCGUAGUGUCUAACGAUGCCUACAGAGACCUGCUCCGAGAACAUCCUCAAUAUCGCCGUAUUGUGGAAGAGCGCUUGCUCAUGUACAGCUUUGUGGACGGAAAGUUCAUGCCCCCAGAGGACCCACUUGGGCGAUACGGUCCCCGCCUACAGCAGUUCCUCUCCAACAGCUCGGCCCCGUCAACCGCUCAACUCUGCCCUUACGCGAGGAAGUGCACAUAUGGCAGCAAAUGCAAGUAUUAUCAUCCCGAACGACCUAAUGGAAUGCAUGUUAGCGUGACAGACCGCUUAAUGCGCGAGAAAAAUCAGAACAGACCGUCAACUUUACGCCCGCUGAUGCAGAUGGAAGGACCAAAAACGGACCACCGUAGCAUUGGAAGAACUAGAUCGCUUAACAUCGAUCCACGAUCGGUUCAGGAGAGCAAAGCAACACCUCGAGACAUGCCCAUGCUAACGUCUUGGCACAAUGCUGUUGCCCGGAAUGCAUCGGUUCCACUAUCGUUCAAUGGGACGGAGCAGGAGACUGGCACACUUUUUGCACCAUCGACAGCCGUAUGGGGGCACAGUGAACUAAGUGUCGGUCCCCUAAACCCACAAGAUGCUCCACUGGACAGGACCCAACUCCAAUACCAUUUGAGCAAGAUCUUCCCGGAACAAUUGGUGUCGUCAGUUUUGCAGUCACAUCCCUACGAAACGAAUUCGCAACGUCUUUGCCAAUACAUUCUUGAUCUUCAGAAAGGAUUCGGCUAA